GGUGGCGGCUGAAAAGGAGGAGGAGGAGGAGGAGGUGGAGGAGGAGGAGGAGGAGAAGGAGGGAGUAGCUGGAGGCAGCGGCAGUGACCCGGACUAGGGUGAUGGUGCAGGUGCCCGGGGCCGGCGCGGAGCUGCCCGGCUGAGGGGCGCCUGGUCCCGGGUCCGCAACGCCGCCGCGUCUCUCCCAGGGGCGGGCGAGCGAGCGGGAAGAUGCUGAGCAGGUUGAUGAGCGGUAGCAGCAGGAGCCUGGAGCGCGAGUACAGCUGCACCGUGCGGCUGCUGGACGACAGCGAGUACACCUGCACCAUCCAGAGAGAUGCCAAAGGCCAGUACCUGUUUGACCUCCUUUGCCACCACCUGAACCUGCUUGAGAAAGACUACUUCGGGAUCCGCUUUGUGGACCCAGAUAAGCAGCGGCAUUGGUUGGAGUUUACAAAGUCUGUGGUGAAGCAAUUGAGAUCCCAGCCUCCAUUCACCAUGUGUUUUCGGGUGAAGUUUUACCCUGCGGACCCUGCUGCACUGAAAGAAGAAAUCACCAGGUAUUUAGUCUUCCUGCAGAUCAAAAGGGAUCUCUACCAUGGCCGCCUCCUUUGUAAAACAUCAGAUGCCGCCUUGUUAGCAGCUUAUAUCCUUCAAGCGGAGAUUGGGGAUUAUGAUCCAGGGAAGCAUCCUGAAGGCUACAGCUCCAAGUUCCAGUUUUUCCCAAAACAUUCAGAGAAGCUGGAGAAGAAAAUCGCUGAGAUUCACAAGACAGAACUCAGUGGACAAUCACCAGCAACAUCAGAGCUGAACUUUUUAAGGAAAGCACAGACAUUGGAGACCUACGGAGUGGACCCUCACCCUUGUAAGGAUGUCUCGGGAAAUGCUGCCUUUCUGGCCUUCACUCCCUUUGGCUUUGUUGUUCUGCAAGGAAACAAGAGAGUCCACUUCAUUAAAUGGAAUGAAGUGACCAAGCUGAAGUUCGAAGGGAAGACUUUCCACCUAUAUGUAAGUCAGAAAGAGGAAAAGAAAAUUAUUCUCACAUAUUUUGCUCCAACUCCAGAAGCCUGCAAGCACCUCUGGAAAUGUGGGAUAGAGAACCAGGCCUUCUACAAGCUGGAGAAGUCAAGCCAAGUCCGCACAGUGUCCAGCAGCAACUUAUUCUUUAAAGGGAGCCGAUUCCGAUACAGUGGCCGGGUUGCAAAGGAAGUAAUGGAGUCAAGUGCCAAGAUCAAACGGGAGCCUCCAGAAAUACACAGAGCAGGGAUGGUCCCCAGCCGCAGCUGCCCGUCCAUAACCCAUGGCCCCCGGCUGAGCAGCGUUCCCAGGACCCGGAGAAGAGCAGUUCACAUCUCCAUCAUGGAAGGCCUAGAGUCCCUCCGGGACAGUGCCCAUUCCACCCCCGUCCGAUCCUCCUCCCAUGGGGACACCUUCCUGCCUCACGUGAGAAGCAGCCGGGCAGACAGCAAUGAGAGAGUCGCCGUGAUUGCGGACGAGGCCUACAGCCCUGCCGACAGCGUGCUGCCCACGCCCGUGGCCGAACACAGCCUGGAGCUGAUGCUGCUCUCCCGGCAGAUCAAUGGGGCCACCUGCAGCAUCGAGGAGGAGAAGGAGUCAGAGGCCAGCACUCCCACUGCUUCAGAGAUGGAGGCCCUGGGAGGAGAGCUGAGGGCCCUGUGUCAGGGGCACGGCAGGCCCGAGGAGGAACAGGUGAAUAAGUUUGUUUUAAGUGUCCUCCGUUUGCUCCUUGUGACCAUGGGACUCCUCUUUGUUUUGCUCCUCCUCCUGAUCAUCCUUACUGAGUCUGACCUUGACAUUGCCUUUUUCCGCGAUAUCCGCCAGACCCCUGAGUUUGAACAAUUCCACUAUCAAUACUUUUGUCCCCUCAGGCGAUGGUUUGCCUGCAAAAUCCGCUCAGUGGUGAGCCUGCUCAUUGACACCUGAGAAGGCAUGACUCCUCCCAAUAACUAGCCAGGCGGACCCCGGAGCCCGGCUACCCCAUCCCAGCAAUGGGACCCAUCGCGGAACCAUCGGCACAUGCACCAAGUCCUCCUCUCAUGACUCAAAGUCCACAGCCUAGGAGGGUCGUUUCCCAGAAGAAGAAAGGGAGGGGCUCUUGCCCCAUCCACACAAACUGGGAAAACUCAUUCCCUUCAGAGGUCCUCUCGAGAAAGGCUCGGCGACUCUCAUCCUCCCAAUUUGCCGGAUAAUUUUUGGUUUUGAAUUUUGAUUUUUUUCAUAGAUGUGUAUUAUUUUAAAAGUAUCAAAUGAAAAUUAUUUAUUUUACUAUUACUGAUGAUCACAGUAGUGUCACCAAGCAGUGGGACACUAGCUGGAGCCAAGGGCGCUGCGUUUCUGUUCUCCGCAGCUUUCCUACCGGGCAGUGGCAGGCGAGGGGGCUGGACAAUGGGAACUGUCUCGGUUUUCUCGCCAGACAGAGCUUUUAAUAAAGUAACCGCCAUGUAGAAUUGAUUAAAUGAGAAAUGCUUCUUAUGAUGGUCUGAGUUGGAUUUUCUUUUCCCUUUUUCCCCCCCGAAUCUGAGCAGAGUGGGCAUCUGAAGGGACCACCACUACCGCAGCAGCAGCAGCAGGGGUGGGGUAAGUCCGUCCCCUUAGACUAGAUCCUAGUGGGCGUCGGAAUGAGUUUUGCAUAAUGAACUUAAGACCUCUGUGAUUUUUCUCCUGAAGAACCUCAAGACUCAGUGCUCUAGAGACGUUAGCCGGAGUCGGUGGUGUCAGAGUCCGACCUCUCCAUGUUAGCCAGAGCUACGAUGCCUGACAGACUGUUAAGAUUCAGAUUCAGAGAGCAGCGCUUAUUUUAUACACUUUCUCCUCGAAAAGAGAGAAUACGCAAUUUCUAUUUUAACAACAAGAUAUUAUUUUCUUAGCGAUUUUGUUUUUACCUUUAUGGAUUAAGAAACCAGAGCCUGAUGAACUAAACGAUGCCAGAAAGAAAAUGCUCCCGAGAGUGAAAACUUCAGAAAAUAGAAUUCUAAGAUCAACAAACAGCCUUGGAAGGGAUCUGGAAAAGAAUCUCUUAGAAUUUUUAAGACAUAUCUGCAAAAGAAAAUGAAUGUGGCAGAGACCAACACUUAGAUGUAGAACUACUGCCCCCUAGUGGUCCUCUGCACCCAGAGAAGCUGUAGCAAAGCCCCGGCCACUCUUGCUGAGGAAGCAAGGUGAGCGAGCAUGCAAUGGGUGAGUGUGGGACCCAAAGUCUGCGACUCUUACAACUAAUCAUUCGCACAAGACCUUGUUUGCAUCUCAGGGAGAGAUUUCUAGGGCCUUAUGUAAGAACAAUGUUGAAGGGGCUGGAGCAAUAGCACAACGGGUAGGGCGUUUGUCUUGCACACGGCCGACCCGGGUUCAAUUCCCAGCAUCCCAUAUGGUCCCCUGAGCACUGCCAGGGGUAAUUCCUGAGUGCAGAGCCAGGAGUAACCCCUGUGCAUCGCUGGGUGUGACCCAAAAAGCAAAAAAAAAAAAAAAAAAAAAAGGAAAGAAAGAUGUUGAACACGUUCCUUGGGCCCACACAACAGUAGAGUAGAUUCUGACCCCUUAUGAUGCUGGACAAAACAGAAUAGGUUACUCAGAAAUAGCUUGUCCCCUGAGAUGGCAGGACCAAAACUAUCUUUAGACUAUAGCAGCUGUGGAAGAAAGAGUUAUUUUGGGGGAAGUGAAUGAAAGUGUUCCAUACUUGUAAAUGCUGUUUCAUCUGGACCAGGGGUUGGCAAACUUCUGUAAGGUGCCAAAUCAUAAACAUUUUAAAUUUUGCUUUUGUUGUCCAUACUCUGGCAACUACUCAGCUCUGCUAUCAUAGCACAAAAACGGCCAUAGGCAAUACAUACAUUGAAGCAUGGCUACAUUCCAACAGAACUUUAUAUAGACGAUGAGCAUAAUUUGACCCACAGGUCAUAAAUGUCAACUUGCUCUAGCAAAUGAAACUAUUCCAUACCAGUUUGAUAGCAGAAAGAGGGUCAGUUCCAGUUCAAUUCAUAAUAUUCAGUGGAAGCACAGGAGUUGCUUAUUUAAAGGGUGUUCAACCAGCAAAGAGAUGUUUGAGGCCAAGAUGAGCAAGUCAAGUACUGGAAUACAAAAAUGUGGGAAGACUCUAAGAAUGAAAGAGGGCCUACCUCACCAUGUCCAUGACAGCAACAAUAUGAACAGAACUGCAAACAACUAUUUACGAGGUGAUAAGACAAACUAAGGUUCCAGAAAGAUCAAGGAUCACUUUGAAUCAAUUAGUCACUGCCAUUGUCAUCAACACAGGAAGGGCUUUCAUUUAGCAGAAGACUGAAGUGAAAAAUAGACUCCAAGAUGAACAGGCUGUCUGGAAACGGAGUUGGCUUUAACCUGAAUAUCGACUGUCUUAUGCAACGUAGCAGAUUAUCUUUUAGUGUAGUGUUCCUACCUCAGUCUGUAGAAUAUGGUGUCUCUAUGCAGUGAGUAAUUGUCUCAACUCUGACCUUUCAUAUUCACAUUAAAGAAAGUUGCAGUGUUCCAUUUCUUGGCGUGUUAUUUGUGUCUAGAGUCCUAACAGUACAGCGGUCCAUCCCACUCUGACAGCUGGAUUUUGCUCUCUGAAUAGAAACUUGGGUUUGUUUUUUUUUCCCAGGGCUUAUUCCAAAAAAUAAAAACAGAAGUUUCCUUCUA